CACCGGCGUGUGACCGCAGUCGCAACAGUCCGAAUUAUCUGCCCCGUUGUGCAUUUUGUUAUCGUGGGUACAUACCUACGUUUUUAUUCAAAGCUUUUAACAUUCAAGAGGAUGUCAAAUUAUCCGGUCCCUCCUCAAGGUGGCGUGGAUCCCAAAGCAGCCCAGUGGUUCCGCAUGGUAGAUCGGGACAACUUGGGUCGGAUAACUGCGGAAGAACUGCAGCAAGCACUCUCCUCUGGAAACUGGCAGAAGUUUGACAUUGCCUGCUGCAGAAUGAUGAUCCGCAUGUUUGACAAGGAUGGAAACGAUACUGUGGACCUCAACGAGUUUGGCCACCUCUUCAACUACGUCAAUGCCUGGAUUGGCACAUUCCAGAAGUUUGACUCCAACAAGUCAUCCAGCAUUGACAGUCGGGAGCUUCAGCAGG